AUGUCUGGUUGCCCAAACCUUGAUGUUCUUGGAUGGGUUCAAUGCUUGGAUUCAGUUUCAUCAUUUUCUUUUUUGGAUGAUAUGGAUGUCUCAAAUUGCAAUCUCUUUGACAAUUGUUUCCCAAAUGACUGGAGUAGUCUGGUUUCGCUCUGGUCUUUGAAUAUAGAUGGCAACAAUGUAACUUCUUUACCAAAAUGUAUUCAAACCCUACCUAGAAUUACAAGGCUUCAUGCUAGGGAUUGCUCAAAAAUCAAAUCAGUUAUAGGUCUCCCGAAAACCAUCAAUGUAUUGUAUAUCAGCAACAAUAAGUCCUUGGAAAAAGUACAGCCUGGACAGAAUUCAAGUAUCGUACUGUACUGCCCCAACUGCCCAAAAUUGUGUGACAUGGAGGGUCGUUAUAUGGUUCAAUCAAUAGACAAAGUUGAGACAAAAAUCAUACGAUAUCUGGGGUUGACAUUAGAUCCUUGUGAAGGAAUGGCGUUGGGUCUUCAGGUGUUACAUGAGUUUGGUAUAUUCAGCACAUUUGUUCCAGAAAAAUAA